AUGAAUGUUGGUUCAGGAAAAAUUGCUCUACUUCGAGGAAAUGAGACAUUGUUGCAAGCAAAUAAGAGGUUAACUGAAGAAAGGGAGAACUUGUUGAAGAACAAAGAAUUGAUGGAUGGCCAAAUAAAUGCAUUGACUAAAUUUAGAAGUUUGCAGAAAGAUCUUAAAGACAAGGAGAACCUGGUUCAAGCUAUGAAGCAGUCUCUUGAGCACCAAAAACAGGAACUUGAUGGUUGCAGGGCUGAGAUCACUUCACUGAAAAUGCAUAUUGAAGGGUCUCGAUCUGGAAAGAAUUUGGCAGCCAGUGACGCUGACCAUGUCCAACCUAUGUCUUUAGAAAACUACAAGGAAGAAAUCAAGAAAUUGCAGAUGGAAGUUGAAUAUUUGAAAGCAAAGAAAGUAACAGCUCUUGAAUCUGCUAUGGUUAGUUCUGAAAAUGAAAUUACUCAGAGAGAAGACAAAAUUAUUGAGAUACAUGAGGACAAAAGUUCAAUCUCUUGUCCUGUUGAAGUAGCCUCAGGAGAUGUACACAAUGAAGGCACUCAAUCAUUUGAUGGCCACAGUCAUAAUGACUGUAUAGAUAAACGUGAAGAUGCAUUGCAUGACUCACUGAAUCUUCCAAAUGUAAACAGUGCUUUAGGGAAUGGGGAAACUAUCUUGGAACACAACGGUGGGCUGCAAGCAGAGAAUAGCAGGUUGUUUCUUAAAUCAGAUGGUGUAAAUGACGAAGCAGUGUCUGAAAAGAUGGGAUUAGGAACCAUUCAAAUACUUGCGGAUGCUUUGCCUAAAAUUGUUCCAUAUGUGUUGAUCAACCACCGUGAGGAGCUCCUUCCCCUAAUAAUGUGUGCGAUAGAGCGCCACCCUGAUAGUGGCACUCGAGAUUCUUUGACCCACACAUUGUUUAAUUUGAUCAAACGUCCUGAUGAACAACAAAGGCAAAUAAUAAUGGAUGCAUGUGUAAGCCUUGCCAAGAAUGUUGGAGAGAUGAGAACAGAGACAGAAUUGCUUCCUCAAUGCUGGGAACAAAUUAAUCACAUGUACGAGGAGCGUAGGCUGCUUGUUGCUCAAUCAUGUGGAGAGCUCGCAGAGUUUGUUCGCCCUGAGAUUCGCGAUUCUUUGAUCUUGUCUAUUGUACAGCAACUAGUAGAAGAUGCCGCCACUGUUGUUCGAGAGGCUGCAGCUCAUAAUUUGGCUUUGCUGCUCCCACUUUUCCCAAACACGGGUAAAUAUUUCAAGGUGGAGGAGUUGAUGUUCCAAUUGAUCUGUGACCCUUCAGGAGUGGUGGUGGAAAUUACUCUCAAUGAAUUGGUCCCUGCAGUUUUAAAGUGGGGAGACAAAUUGGAUCAUGUUUUAAGAGUUUUACUAUCUCAUUUGUUAAGCUCUGCUCAGCGUUGUCCACCACUUUCUGGUGUUGAAGGGUCUGUAGAGUCAAAUCUCCGUGUAUUGGGUGAAAGAGAGCGCUGGAAUAUAGAUGUUCUAUUGAGACUGUUAGUGGCGUUACUUCCUUCUGUGCACCAGAAAGCAAUAGAGACAUGCCCCUUUUCCACCACUGCAGAAACUACACAAACUGUGUUAUCUACCUCAAUGCUUGAAUUGUAUGCUAGUGGACGUGUUGAGUGGGCUUCAUUUGAAUGGAUGCAUGUUGAGUGCUUUCCUAAUUUAAUUCAGUUGGCUUGCAUGUUAUCACAUAAAGAAGACAACUUACGGAGCCGAAUUUCUAAGUUUCUGUUGGCUGUCUCUGAAAAGUUUGGGGAUUCCUACCUAACAUGCAUAAUGCUGCCUGUAUUCUUAAUAGCAGUAGGGGAUGAUGCGGAUUUGACAUUUCCUAGUGCCAUCCAUUCAAGAAUUAAAGGUUUAAGACCAAGAUCUGCUAUUGCUGAGAGGCUGUCUACAAUGUGUGUCCUUCCCCUUUUGUUGGCUGGUGUUUUGGGUGCUCCAGCCAAACAUGAACAAUUAUUAGAGUACUUGAGGAAGUUGCUGGUGGAAGACACUUCCAAGGAGCACCAGUCAACUAGGCACAUUCCUGAGAUUAUUGAAGCUGUUCGCUUCCUUUGCAUAUAUGAAGAAAACCAUGGAAUGAUCAUUAAUAUACUAUGGGAAAUGGUUGUUAUCUCUAACAUUAACAUGAAAAUAAGUGCUGCCAAGCUGCUGAAAGUUAUUGUACCAUAUAUUGAUGCAAAGGUUGCUUCAACGCAAGUUUUGCCUGCCUUAGUUACUCUUGGAUCUGAUCAGAAUCUAAAUGUGAAGUAUGCCAGUAUAGACGCCUUUGGUGCUGUGGCCCAGCACUUCAAAAAUGAGAUGAUUGUUGAUAAGAUUCGCAUUCAAAUGGAUGCUUUUCUUGAAGAUGGAUCCCAUGAAGCUACUAUUGCUGUUAUCCGUGCCUUGGUGGUUGCAGUACCCCAUACAACAGAAAAACUAAGAGAUUAUCUUUUGUCCAAGAUUUUCCAGCUGACAUCCAUGCCAACUUCUACAACUGAUUUGAUGCGUCGAAGGGAGAAAGCCAAUGCAUUCUGUGAGGCUAUCCGUGCUCUGGAUGCUGCAGAUCUUCCUGUGGCUAGUGUCCGAGACUUCCUCCUCCCUGCCAUUCAGAACCUGUUAAAGGAUUUGGAUGCAUUGGAUCCAGCACAUAAAGAAGCCCUUGAAAUAAUUUUGAAGGAAAGAUCGGGGGGAGCUUUUGACACUAUAAGUAAGGUGAUGGGUGCUCAUAUUGGACUUUCAUCCGGACUUUCAUCAGUGAGCAGCUUCUUUGGUGAGGGUGGAUUACUUGGAAAGAAAGAAACUACAGAAGCAGCUACAGAAGCCCCUCCAUCUCCACGGGCAGUCCCAACCACGGCCGCAGCGGUGGCAGCAGUCGAGGACACUAGAUUCAGGCGCAUCAUGCUGGGAAACUUUGGGGAUAUGCUCCGUGGCAAAGGCAAAACCCUGGACGAUUCUCAGCCCCAAUAGGAUUCAUUUCUGCAUCAUAAUUUCUGCCCAUUCAUUUACUCAAGGUGACGGUAGAUAUUUUCCCUUGUCAAAACUUCUUCCUGGAAACUCGAGCAGCAUUAUUUUUU